GUUGUUUCGCUGCACCCAGCGGUGAUGCCACGAAUCAAAGAUGCCGCUGGUUCAACCUGGUCCGUGGAGCCUGAGGAGGUAGAGAAUAAGCUGAAUUGUCAAGUCCCCUGGUGGGUUUGGCAAGUUGAGUUGGCUGACGGCACCGACCCCGUACCGCUGUCCAUUGGUCGGAACGAGGUGUCCCUUGGAAAUUUCAAGCUCUCAGCCCAGCGGGACGAGCCCUUGAGGCUCUUGGGCAUCCGACCCUAUGAGGUGUCCUUGAUCAGCCUUUGGACCUUUGUCAUUGGCCUGAUAGUGGUCUUGCGUUCUGGCAUCCCAUCGUUCCUGGCAGCCAUCUGCUUGACAUUGAUCCCGUUGUGUCGGACUUGCCCUGAACUGCCGCUGCUGUGUCGGUCAUGGCCCAGAGGUCGUUUGAACAAGGGCAUUCUUGCUAUUCUGAAAUGCUGCUUAUUUCUAUGGUUUGUGCUGAUGCUGCUGUUUUGGUGCAGGGGGCAGUGGCGAGCUGCCCCAAGUCCUGGCAGAGCUCCAACUCAAGGCUCUCUGAAAGAGGAUAUCUGGCAUCGAACCUCUCGAUAUGAGGCGCACCACGGAGUGAACGAGCCGGAAGACUGGAUCGAUCCGCCAGAAGUGGUCACCAGUAGCUUCAUCCCUGAGCACAUCAGCCCAUGCUUCCUGAAGGAUGCCAAAUAUGAGCCUCUGAACAUGUUCGGCCAGGGUCGAACGAGGGUGCGGUCUCCCGCAGACUGCCAGGCCCGAUGCGCGAGAGAGCGUGGCUGUGCCCGUUUCACCGCUUUUCGCGUCCAGCCGAAUGUAUUCUGGUGCCAUUUGCAGGAGUACAAUUCUCAACUACAAAUGGCAAGUGGAGCUAUAGCUGGGCCUGAUGAUUGUGAUCAAGAGGCGAUGCUGGCGGAAGUCUUAGGGCAGCCGAGACCGGCGCCGGUGCCGGUCCUACCUCGAACCACUGCAACCACCACGGAGGCACCGAAAGUUGCAGCACCACGGCCGCCUAUUCAAAGGGCCUCCAAGGUGGCUGCGCCGGUGACGCCUCCACCAGUGCCGGUUGCAAAGGACCCACAGCCAGCAAGACAAGAGGUUGUGCAGGAGGAAGCACCAGCUCCAGCUCCCGGGCCAGACUUGGGAGCAGAUGGCAGCCUUCCGAUGCUCCUUUUGGUUCUUGGCAUCGCUGCAGCAGUGGUUUUCUCAGGUCAUCUUGAGAGGUCCUAAGUGGUGCACCAAAGUCGUGCAUCAUAGCGGCCGGCGCGCGUCAAAAUGAAACAUUUGAGAUGGUG